AUUUUCAUGACAUAUUUAUUUUCAGGAGUUUUACUUGUGCAGACCAAAUUAUUUGCAUGUUUUUUAUAUUAUAAAGUUUUUAUCAAAAUUAGAUGUGAUCGAAUAAGGUGCCAUUCGAUCUAAAUAAUGUCCACUGAAGAAGGGAUACGGGCGACAAACGAUGACGCGGCACAGUGCAAGAGGUUUGCGGUGGAUAAAGGGUAUUGGCAGGAUCCGUUUAUUGCCUUGUUUACUUCAAAAGCUCGACAAAGUCAUGCGCCAGAAAUCAGCAUUGGCUACUAUGCGAGAGUUAAAGCCCUGAAACUACUUCUUAAGAAGUUUAUUACAGUAACAGAUGGCAAAUGUCAGGUAGUCAGUCUUGGUGCCGGUUUUGACACUUUGUUCUGGAAUCUCAAAGAUGAAUGUGUAAAUACAACCUCAUACAUCGAAGUAGAUUUCUCAGCUGUAACUUCAAGGAAGAUUCAAUGCAUACGUCGCUCAGAAAAACUUCUGAGCAAGAUCACAUCUGACGGAGAGGAGGUGAAAUUCAAUGCAACAGACCUUCAUGGUAAAGACUAUCACUUGGUGGCUGCAAACCUGAAAAAUCUUGCAGAACUGGACCAGAAAUUACAUGAGUCUGGAAUUGACAAAACUUUGCCCACAAUUUUCAUUGCAGAGUGCGUGUUAGUGUAUAUUGAGAAAUCCAACACGGAUGCCAUUCUUAAAUGGGUCACAGAUAAUUUUUCGACAACUUUCUUUGUCAAUUAUGAGCAGGUUAACAUGGCAGACAAAUUUGGGGAGGUCAUGUUGGAUAAUUUACGAUCGAGAGACUGCAUGCUGCAUGUGGAAUACUGUCAGAGUCUGGAGUCACAAAAGCAGAGAAUGCUGACUCAUGGUUUCGAAGGGGCUGAUGCGAUGGAGAUGAGGCAUGUGCUUAGUUCCCUCCCACAGGAUGAUAUGCAGAGGAUACAACAGAUAGAGUUUCUGGAUGAAAGGGAGUUGCUUGAUCAGCUGAUGAGCCAUUAUUGUUAUUGCUGGGCGUUCAAGGACCCCAACAAUAUUGGGCUUUCACAUAUCAAUAUUUAGAGACUGUUCAUCAUCUCCUGUUAUCUUUGCCUGUGUUCCUGUCUGGAACAUUUGCCGCCGUACAGCUUCAUCCAAUGCCUAUAGUGUGGGCAACUCCCUUUAGCUGUCCCCAAUUCUUGCCCAUAUGCUGGGCAUCUAACUCCAGGUUUCGGCGCCAUAUGUUUCUAGGCUGCUCUCUCAUCAGUAACAUUAUUGUAUACUUGUUGACUUGUUGUUGUUACUUUGCUUUUACUGAUGUAUCAAUGGGAUUGCAUUUACCUAUACAUGCAACUAUUAUAUGCAUUGCUUUGUGCUCUGUACAAGUCAGCCAUACAAGCAUGAAUACAUUGCUUAUGAAGCUGUAGUUUUGUGUCAUGAAAUCAUGUUUGAUAAAAAUUGAAGCAAAAUCAAUGAAUCAAAAUCAAUACCUACUCAAUUAUUCCAUAAUUUAUUAUGUAAUGCACUGCAAAAUUUUGUUGUUUUUUAGCUCGACUAUUUUAUAUGAAAUAUUUAUAGUGGAGCUAUCCUACUCACCCCGGCGUCGGCAUGAGCGUUAGCGUGAGCGUGCAAAUGUUAAAGUUUGCGUACCAACCCAAAUAUUUCCUAUGUCUCAUGACAUAUUGCUUUAAUAUUUUGCAUACUUCUUUACCAACAUGACCCCAAACUAUAAACAAGAGCAGACAACUGUAUCAAGCAUUUUGUAAGAAUUAUGGCCCUUUUUUCACUUAAAAUAUGCAUAUUAUUGAUAAAUCUAUGUUUAAGUUUGCUUACAGCCUCAAAUAUUUUCAAUGUCCCUUGACAUAUUGCUUUCAUAUUUAGGCAACUUCUUUACCAAUAUGACCCCAAUCUAUAAACAAGAGCAGACAACUGUAUCAAGCAUUUUGUAAUCUUAUGGCCCUUUUUUGUCUUAGUAACUGAAUAUUUUGUUACAUUUUGUGUUCAGAUCCACUUGACUUCUGAAGUAUCAAAGCUAUUGCUUUCAAACUUCAAAUAUUUUCUUACAAUCAUGAGGGUACUGUACCUGGCAAGUUCAAUUUGAUCUUGACCUUUGAAUGACCUUGACUCUUGAGGUCAAAAGAAUAAAUUAUAGUUAAAUUGCCAUAACUUCUUUAUUGAUGAUCAGAUUUUAUUAAUACUUUGACAAAACAACACUUACCUGAAUACCACAAUGGAUUCCACCCAAACAAUAUCCCACGCCCCAACCCAGAAUCCCUGCCCCCCCCCCAAAAAAAAAUGACACCACCCCCACAUUAUACCCCCUUCGCACCCCCCACCCCCCCAUACCCAACCAACAAAGAAUAUUUUUUUCUUUGAAACAUGGUUAAAAAAAAACAAAACAAAUAUUCACUUUUUUUUGAAGGGCCGUCCAAACUUCCCACCCAAGCUAUUGCAAUCAAACAUGAAAUAAAAUCUUAUUAGUUUGUUUUUAUAUCUUUACAAAUUUUCAGUAGAUUGUGGAAAAUAUACCUGAACUAUUACCUUGACCUUAUUGAAUAAUUUGAACAAUUUCCUUAUGAUGGCUUACGUUAUACUGUCAAGCACUCAAUUAGUUGAGCACGCUGUCCUCUGACAGUUCUUGUUUGUUUUCCAUUCCUAUUUAUGAUAACUCAAGAACAUGUAUACAUAUGUUGAAUGUUAUAUCCUUAUUUACAUAGUCUUAUUUUGUUUCUUGGUAUACACUGCUGUCUGAGUUUUGAAAUUUGUGAAAAUAACUCGAAAAAUUGUAAAUUCCUCAGUCUGUGAAAAAUGACGAACAACAGCAGAUCAGUUGCAUAGGCUUAAUGGAUUUUAAUGAGAAAGUUGUGUUGGUAAUUAAUUAGUUUUGUUAAAGAUUUUUUUUAAAGAUUAGAUUGUUUUCUUAGUAUUUUUUUGUGUGAGGCCACCAGUUUGGUGAAUUCACAUUCAUAUGCGGAUUAUCGUAAAGGAAUAUGAGCAUGUUCACUGCUUAUUUUUAAAUACAGCGCUUAAUACA